CCUAAAACAGUGUCUUGUAUUUUAUCAUACUCACCUGAGAGAAAAAUAAAUCCAAAUUCCAAAGGUAACUCAUAGAAGUUUCAGCCUGUUAUUUUUAAUAACGUCACAAUUUUAUCAACUGUAACAAGUUUUUAUGUGGCUGCCUCUGAAUCUGAACCAAAAUGUUUUACAGGAAAGGGAAAGGUUACUGUGGAUUCAAUAAUGGAGGGCCUGAAGAAGAUUACACACGCAGUUACUGGCCACAUGGCAGUUUCAGAAAUUAAAUCAAAACUUACGUUGAAACCCCUAAAAGUACCUGUCUUCCACAGCAAGAGGGAUAAAGAUUUACCAAGAUCUCUUCAGUGCCAAUUACAACACACAGAAAAGUUGAGCCCUUCACAAAUGGAAGCCUUCCAAGAUGCCUAUAACUCCUUCAACAAGGAUAAAACUGGUUGUAUUGAUUUAAAUGGAAUGAUGAGCACUUUAGCUAAAUUAGGAAUGAAUUUAACCAAGCAUGAUGUCUAUAAUGAAUUAAAAUGUGGUGAUCUUGAUCGAGAUGGGAAGGUGAACUUCUCAGACUUCUUAAAGGUGCUGACAGAUAAGAACCAUUUCUUGAAGGCUGUGGCUCCAGAAAAGGAAAUUUGUUUAGAUUUAACUGGCAACUCAGGGAUCCUAUUAUUUGAAAUCCUAUCAAAGCUUGUAGAGACUUCAGCCUUACCCAGAAAGACUGUAAUGGAGAUAGUAAGCUACUUCCGAAGAAAAUUCCAGGAUAUCAAUGCAGAAGUAUUGUGGAAUCCAAAUGCUAUGGGUUAUGGAAAAAGAAGAUUUAAACCAGGGUGUAAUUACCCUUCAGAUAGCCCAUACUCAAAAAUACCCAUCUCUCCAUUAUUUCCUAAUGUGGAUGGGAUGGUGAUGGGAAAACCUUUCAAAGACAUACAGAAAUUAGAAAUGCUAAGGAGAAAAGAGCCUCUGAAUUUCUUUGAGGACUACUUUUUCCAUAAAAGAGACUGGAAAGCACAGGCAGCACAUACAAAGCCUAUGAACCCUCCCUUGAGCUCUUCAGAUGACAUCCUCAUCCUUGACCAAAUACUCAAGAAAAAGCAGUCUUGGACAAUGGCUGAUGCAGCUGCUAUUAAACAGCACGUAAAGAAAGCUACAGAUACCUAUCAUUUAGGAAUUGCCCUUGAACACCAGAAAGGAAUGCUCAAUCUCUGGCAGAAGAUCCGAGGGGAUUUGAUUGGAAUAGACAUGAAAAAUGGGUCCUUUUAUGACACUUUUUCUACUUACACAUGGUCCUGGAAUGUUUGCCAAGAAUUACUUUCUCCUAAGGACUUAAGGUUGUAUGGUGCCUAUGUGAACAGAAAUUCCUACCCCCACUCUGGAUUCUCUUCCUCAUCAGAUAACAGUGAAUGCGACUCAAAGACAAAAAGAAAUAGAAAACGGAAAAAUUUCAAAGGGUUUCGACAAUGAAAUUUCUACAUUUUCUAAACAGCUCAUCGAAAACUUUUUCAUAAUUAGCAAAAUAGUGGUUUCUUCCUUUUCUCCAAUACAUUCUUAGCAGCUGGAAAUUUUGACAUCUUUUGGAUUCUGACCAGUAAAAGAGCUUAACUCAUAAAAUCGUUUCCUUUUUCCUAAAUCUUUACAAGUAGAUACUAUGUUGUUAGUUCCAGCUGUGUUCUGCUGCCCCCGCCUGGCAUAAAACUGCCAGACCUCAGCCAGAAGGAAAAAAAUCAUGCCUUCUGAGAUCCUAAGGAAUAAACAUCUGAGUUUUUGGUGACUGUAAGUGAAAUUCAGUUUUCAAAGUGUUCAAAUGGGAAAGGGAACAAGGGAGAGGAGAGGGAGAAAGGAAGGAAGGAACAAGAAAAAAAGUGAAAAUAGGGGCCAGGGGUUUAGCUCAGUGGUGCUGCCAACUACCUUGCAAGUGCAAGGGCCUGAGUUGGAUCCCUGGUA